UUGACGGCCCCAGGGGGUUGCAGUCUGAUGAAGGCCAGGGUAAGGGGGCAAAGUGGGACAGAGUAGAGGUUUCUCAGAGGGCACUGGCUUGUUUGGAUCCCUGCCCUCUGUAGAAAGCUUAGGUUCUGGGGAGUCUCAGGGGAGGCCUGCAGGGAGUAGAGCCAGUGUUGUUAGUUUGCAUUUAUGGAACAGAUCUCCAUUCUCCAAGAGAAAGGCCUGGACAUAGGGGACCUCUGGCUAUUUACCAUGCCAUUUGCAGACUAGGUGUACUUGCAGGAUGGUAUUGUAAUUUAGGUUCCCUUCUGGGGGUCAAGUUUCCCACUGGGGAGUUUGUAUUGGGAUCAGGCUGUCAUGCAUAAAUUUGAGCCUUGAUCUCCUCAGGGUCUCGGGGGUCAAAACAUUCCCAGUAUUGAGGAUGCAACCCGAGGGGCUAUCGCAGGGAGUCGAGUGUUGGUUCCCCAUCUAGAAUGAAUGUGAAGAAGGACUACUGAGUAAGAAAGCCCAGCAUCCUGAGGUUGUCUGUCACUCAGUGGCCUAGUUUUCAUCUGCUCUGGAUGGAUGUCCCCAGGCAUUGUGUUUGUGACAGCUGAAAUGGUACCUUUUCACUGCCAUCUGUUCCCAUGUAUCUAGAUUAGGGCAACUCACUAGAUUAGGGCAAGGCUCAGGAUCAAAGAUGGAGAUUCCAAGUGGUGCCUCUUGGACAUCCCCAGGGUGGAGGGUCAUGUAAAGAGUCUGGCGAACCCUAGUCUUUGAAAUCUGGAGGGACAGCACCCCCAAGGGGUAACACUCCUGGCUCCAGGAUUCCCUAGGAACCUCACACAUUAAGCUGAAGCAUUGCACUGAGUGGGUGGCCCCUGUGAUUGUUUGCCCUUAUCAGAAGGGGCAGGGGUGGAGCCACCGCCAAUCAUAUGCACAGGAAAUGGGAGAAUAGGAUUCUAGGGGAGUGAUCUUCAAGGUAACUUUGGUCUUCACACCUGCUGGGUCUCUAUUGUGAUCAAGGUUUUGUCAGCAGCUACAGGUGCCAGGGUAAAGGAAGAAGAGGGAGGCAGCUCUCAACUGAGCCCCCAGAGUCAGCAGAACACAAAGAAGGAGGGCUCUGGCCAGGCAAGCCUCCUGGAGAUCUGAGAGCCUAGUCAGGGGUCAGUACGGAGAGGCCUGAGUCAAGGUCCGGAACCGAGAGAGAGAGCAUCAAACUAGUUAGGAAAGACGGUCUCCGGCUGCCUUGGGUUAAGGCAGCUGUGAGAAAAAACCUGCCUUGCUGAGGAAGAGGUUUUUGGCCCUAGACUUUGUGGCUCCCACAGACGCCUCAGCAACAGAGAAUUGAAAGGCAGAGACACAACAGCGAAGCAGAGGGGAACUUCUAGACAGCGCCAGACUAAAGGUAGACAAAGGCAAGGAACUUUGGGGGGAGGGCUUAUCACCACUUAGCUUGGAGGCACUUCCUUUGAUUGACAGGGUGAGGUUAUUUGAUUGACAGCGCCAGUCUUCCACCCACUCCUCUGUGCCCGCUUCUCUUCCCAGACUGCACACAGAAAAGUCCGUGGCAGGUGGGCGGAGCAAAACCAGAAUUUUAUUUUAAUGAGACUAUUAGAAGGUGUGGUUUGGGAGGUUCUUAGUUUUGUUCGUUGGCGCCUGCUUACGAGACUUAAUGUCUCUCCUCAGAGAUAAACAUCUUGGGACAACUAAACAAGUCUGCACUCCCUACCCCUUUGUCAUUCCUGAAAAAAAUCAUUAAAAGGGAGAACCCCCAACCUUUUAGCACACACCUCUCUGAGGUCACCCAUACUUUCUGUGUGUAGCCUUAAAUAAAAUUUAGACCUUCCAGCACCUCUUCUCUGAGGUAGCCCACACUCCCCUUUCUCUAAGUGCACCUUUUUGCCUUAAAUAAACUUCUCACUGCUCAACUUCUAACGUUUUGUCUCUGUACUUUAACAGUGGUGUCUUUGUUACUUUGCUUUUUCAUUCCAGUCCUCGGGAUUUAAACUCAAAUCUUCGCUCUCUCUGUCCUAUUUCAGAUAAGUAGGGAGGGGCUGCUGAGAGCUCAGAUCUUGGCUUGUAAACUACCGUCGCCUGGGUGACCCAGAUGGAACUGCAGCCUACAGUCCUGCUCUCUGGUAGCCUACCUGCAGGUCUCCUUUCUUUGCCCCCUAGGAAGUUCACAGAACCCUUGCAAGCGCUCUGCAGCUCCCCUAAAGCCUGGGCUGGUAGGGGCUCAGUUCCCACGCUGUGCAGGUCUAAGCGGACACUGGACACCAGGUGACGCUGGCUUAAGGAGUUAGCGGGGGAUGUGCCCCAUGCUGAGUAGCUGUUCAAUGAACUUCCUUCAUCAUUCUGUUCUGCAACUCCCUGACACCCUUGCUUUAAUGAAUUCCUUCCUCACCUUGUACUCUGACUUCCCUGCGUCUCUGAACCGACUUCCUCCCAACAGAACCUGACAUUUAUUUGGAGCACAGAGGCAUUUCUCACGCAUCCUUUCAUUUAAUCCUCAUGGUGCUCCAGUGGCAUAAAUUUUAUGGUUCCCGCUGUACAGAUAAGGCAGUUCAAGCCCAGAGAGGUUAAAUGACCUGUAGGAGGCACAUAGCCAGAGUGGAAGAGACAGAAAAGGGAGCCACGGGGUCAGACUGCAGAACUCGUGCUGAACUACCUGCCACAAUAUGUUAGUGGCUCAAGUCCCAAGUUAACCCCCAGGGAGGGAAGACACCAAACAACAGCUCCCCAAACGCAGAUGAUCCUCAACGCUGGCAUUACUCUGGAACUGUAAUGCUUGCAACGCGCCCGGAAGGCCUACAGGUGGCGCCAUGAGACCGCCCGCUACCCUGUUUUGCAAAUUGGCCUGCAUUUCCUAGCUUGCAACAGGGACCUACCCGGAAGCAGUGCUGCGAUCGGGGGACAUGGUGUUAAACUUUAAAAUAAACUUAAAAACACUGAGGAGGAAUACUGCUGUGGGACCUUUCUGCACCAAGCAAGUUUUUGCAUCUGGGACAGAGCCUGUGCAAGCCCUCUCGACCCAGUAAUUGGCAGCCAGGUCUUUGCUUUGUGGAGACAAGAUGGACAGAUUCCUGGUGAAGGGAGCUUGCGGGGGCCUUUGGAGAAUGAAAGAGCAGGAGAAUUCUGGAGAAGGCCCUGCAGAGUUGGGAGGAGAUGAGGAAAGCAGCAGGAAACGGCCCAGGAGAGAAACCCCAGGGACUGGGAAUGGAACUGACUUAGCAGGCCCCAGCUGGCGGCGCAUUCGAGCUGAGGGUCUGGACUGCGAUUACACAGUCCUGUUUGGCAAAGCUGAAGCAGACAGGAUUUUCCAAGAGUUAGAGCAAGAAGUGGAAUAUUUUACAGGUGCACUGGCCAGGGUCCAGGUGUUUGGGAAGUGGCACAGUGUGCCCAGGAAACAGGCGACAUAUGGCGACGCUGGGCUGACCUACACGUUCUCAGGCCUUACUCUGUCUCCAAAGCCCUGGGUCCCAGUUCUAGAGCACGUCCGGGACUGCGUUUCUUUGGUGACUGGAAAGACCUUCAACUUUGUGCUUGUCAACAGGUACAAAGAUGGCUGUGACCACAUUGGUGAGCAUCGUGAUGAUGAAAGAGAACUGGCUCCGGGCAGCCCCAUUGCCUCUGUCUCCUUCGGGGCCUGCAGAGAUUUCUUCUUCCGGCAUAAGGAUUCUCGAGGGGGAAACCCCUCCAGGAGGGUGGAGGUGGUCAGGCUUCAGCUGGCCCACGGAAGUUUACUUAUGAUGAACCCCCCGACCAACACUCACUGGUACCACAGUCUCCCUGUCCGAAAGAAGAUUCUGGCUCCGCGGGUCAAUCUGACGUUCCGUAAAAUUCUGCCUACUAAGAAGUAAAAACAUGUUUCACAUUGUGUAUUUCUCUCCUUCCCUCUCUACUCCCAACAGGGA